AUGUUGAGCAUAGCCGGAGCUUGCUACCGAUUCAUCGGGGACGUGGUGCAGGCGAUCAGAGUCUUGAGAUCGAGCUCAACAGAUCACCUCAACGCCAAUCCACCUUCCAUGCCACACAAAGCAGACAAAACAGAUGAGCUAAUGGUCCGAGCUCUAACUGCCGUGUUUGGCAUGGACGCCAAUGGCAGGAUAAAGAAGGAAAGAGCACACAGUGUUGUCAAAAAACUUGGUCUGAUUAGCAAUGAGGAAGAUGACAAGCACAGCUUUGACCUGAUGGGCAGUGGUGUGAGUGCUGAAAAUGAUGAUGAGCUGGGUGUUGAGGAGGUGCUUGGCGGAUUGGAGGGCGAGGGCGACUGGAGACGCAUGGAGUUGCUGCACAAAGCCUUUGCUGUUUUCGACCUGGAUGGGAAUGGUUUCAUAGAAGCAGAGCAGCUGAAGAGGGUGCUGGAAUGCUUGGGGUUGGACAAGGGGUGGGAUAUAGGUCAGAUUGAGAAGAUGGUUAUGCUUGCAGAUUUGAAUCUGAACGGGAAGGUCGACUUUCGAGAGUUUGAAACGAUGAUGCGAUGA